AUCGUAGGUUGCAGCCUGGGAUGCAAAUCUUGUAACUCCUCACAAACGCAUGGGGAAUGCAGGUGUUGAUCUAGAGUGGCUCUGUGAUGGAGAUGUGCAUGAAAUAUUGGUUGAGUUGGAAGGAAUGGGUGGUGGCGGAAAGGUUCAGAUGGAGGUAAAAUAUAAAAGCUAUGAUGAAAUUGACGAAGAGAAAAGGUGGUGGAAGAUACCUUUUGUUUUAGACUUUUUAAAGAUAAAAGGUUUUGAUUCUGCAUUCAGAAAGGUUAUUGGCUCUGAUACAGUACAGGCCCGCCAAUUUGUGGAAUAUGCAUUUGGGCAGUUAAAGUCUUUUAACAAUUCAUAUCUUCUGAAGGGCCGGAAGUCUGAUAAUAUUGAUGAGUACGACAGUGAAGCUACAGGGGAACUGACUGAAUCUGCUUCUAUAUCCAAUAUUCCUUCCAUCGAAGCUGGUAGUUCAGAAGCCUCCAAUGAGGCUAGCAGGGAACAGAGGAACUCAAAGGAAUUUAUCAGACAUGGCAAUGAUACUGAAAAUGGACAUGCUUCUGAAUUGCCAGCAAAAGUUAGUGAGGAAGAAUUAUCAAAUAAAAUUUUUUGGAGGAAUUUUGCUAAUGUUGUUAAUUCUAGUAUCGCUCAAAAGUUGGGUCUCUCUGUUUCUGAGAAAUUUAAGUGGGACGGAUUGGAGUUUUUAAACAAAAUUGGCUCACAAUCUCAAAAUAUUGCAGAAAGCAUUUAUGUUCAAUCUGGUCUUGCAAUGCCUGGCAGCACAGAUGAUAUGAAUGAUAAAACAAGUGGCCAACCUGCCGUCACUGUGUUUCAGUCUUCACUUCCUGAGGUUAAAAAAGCGACACAAAAUUUGAUGAGGCAGACUGAGUCAAUUUUAGGAGGUUUGAUGCUUUUGACUGCAACAGUUUCUAAAAUAAAAGAUGAAGUGGAUUCAUCAGAAGAGAGGAAAGUGAAAGAAGAUUAUACUAAAGCAGGAGACAAGGACAUCCAAUAUUCUGGUAGUCAGAAGCUUCCCAACUCACAGAGUGGAGUAGUGCUGGAUGAUAAAAUAACUGAAGAGAUGAAAGAACUUUUUUCUACUGCUGAAAGUGCCAUGGAGGCUUGGGCAAUGCUGGCCACUUCCCUGGGCCAACCUAGUUUUAUUAAGUCGGAGUUUGAAAAAUUAUGCUUCUUAGAUAAUGCAUCCACAGACACUCAGGUUGCAAUUUGGCGUGAUUCUGCACGAAGAAGGUUGGUGGUUGCUUUUAGGGGAACAGAACAGUCUCAAUGGAAGGACUUAAGAACUGAUCUAAUGCUUGUGCCAGCUGGGCUAAAUCCUGAAAGGAUAGGUGGAGAUUUCAAGCAAGAGAUUCAAGUUCACAGCGGUUUUCUAAGUGCAUAUGAUUCAGUAAGGACCAGGAUCAUUUCUCUUAUUCGGCUAGCAAUCGGUUAUGUAGAUGAUCAUUCUAAGUCACUUCACAAAUGGCAUGUUUAUGUGACUGGUCAUAGUUUAGGUGGUGCAUUGGCAACCUUGCUCGCACUUGAACUUUCAUCCAAUCAAUUAACGAAGCAAGGGGCAAUUUCCAUUACUAUGUACAACUUUGGUUCUCCUAGGGUUGGUAACAAAAGAUUUGCGGAAAUUUACAAUGAGAAAGUUAAAGAUAGCUGGCGGGUUGUGAAUCACAGAGAUAUUAUACCUACAGUUCCUCGGCUAAUGGGUUAUUGUCAUGUUGAGCGACCUGUAUUUCUUGCUGCAGGUGUUUUAAGAAAUGCUCUAGAAAACAAAGAUAUUUUGGGAGAUGGUUAUGAAGAUGAUGUUCUUGGGGAAUCAACACCGGAUGUUAUAGUCAGUGAAUUCUUGAAGGGUGAGAAGGAACUUAUUGAGAAGUUGUUGCAAACUGAAAUAAAUAUAUUCCGCUCAAUCAGAGAUGGAAGUGCUCUGAUGCAGCAUAUGGAGGAUUUCUAUUACAUCACGUUACUAGAGAAUGUAAGAUCAAAUUACCAAGCAGUCCCAAGGUCAGAACAAGAUCAAAACUAUAGUUUAUAAUGAUCCAACAAGGGUUUGCUGUGGCUAGCUUCAGUCUCCGGUACCCAAUACUUGAUAAAUUUGUAUAUAGGUGUUGAGAAGAGCAUACAUGUACAUUUGAGAUCGCUUGCGGGCUUGCGGGCUUGCAGCCAAUUCUUUUUUGGUAUAGUAGACUGUACUAUGUUAAACAACUGCUUACAUGCAUUUUAUUUACCUUUUUAAAAAAAAAUUAAGAUAAUCACUUUGUUGGAUUGCAAAAGUUGUAUAAAAAGCUGUUUCUUGGAUCUACUGUGAAAUGACUGAACCUUAUUAGUUGUUUUAGUACGUCAUUUCACUCAACUUUGCUAUAUUUCCACUUGAAUGAUAAACUGCAUCUGCAGUUGCUUCACAUAGCAUAAGCAUUCACCUUAGUAUAUCCUGAAUUUCUGUUUUUGGAACUAGUGUAAUGGGGAGUGGACCUAUUCUGCUAAAAAUAAUUAUAUGACAAUGUUACAAUCUCGCCGUUUUUUUUACUACAAUUUUUAACAGUCAUUAUUUAAUGCUAAUGGAAUUUAAUGAAAGGUUACGAUCCUCUACACUAAUCCCUAUGUAACUUGUUAGGAAACAGAUUUUAUUUAGUUUUUUAAUUUCAUUAUAAAGUUUUAAAAUGGUCGAAGUCAUUUUCCAGAACUUGUAAGAAGAGAGUGAAACUUGUUUAUUCUUUCCUCAGUAAUGAACUUGAAUGUGGCUAUUUGUUGCAUGAUUAAUAUCCUCUGGAAGAAGAUUUUCUGUCUUAUUAAUAAAACCUACUUGAAUUGGCAGCCAAGGAAAUGGAAGCUAUGCAGUAUGUCCUGUAUAUUUUUCAAAUGGAACCGACAAGGAAAUGUGAGUUCCUAGAGACUGAAGAACAAAAAUUCUUAACAACUUCUGUUGUUUAGGUAUUAUAUUUAUUUGGCUUGUGAAAAUAAUAUUAUAGCAUGAAUGUCAAAUAUUCAAAGACAU